UCUGUUUGUCUUGUCCACUGAAACGCGUUCGGAGGAAGAGAAGGGUCAAAAAGGGAUCUGAAUCAAAUAAUUUUGGCCUGGGAAAUUGAAGGAAGAAGAAUCAUGGGUUUCAUCGGCGAAACUGUUGAUUCCAUCAAAUCUAUUAAGAUCCGUCAACUUCUCAAUCAGGCUAUCACUCUCGGUUUGAUCGUUACAUCUGCGUUGAUAAUUUGGAAGGCGUUGAUAUGUGUCACUGGCAGUGAAUCCCCUGUGGUUGUUGUUCUCUCAGAAAGCAUGGAACCUGCCUUUCAGAGAGGGGAUAUAUUGUUCUUGCGGAUGACCAAAGAGCCUAUUCGAGCAGGCGAGAUUGUUGUUUUUAGUAUUGAUGGUCGUGAAAUUCCCAUUGUUCAUCGAGCAAUCAAAGUUCAUGAGAGAGGAGACACUAAAGAAGUUGAUGUUCUAACAAAAGGUGACAAUAAUGACAUUGAUGACAUCGGUCUCUAUGCUGAAGGACAACUUUGGCUUAAUAGGCACCAUAUCAUGGGAAGAGCUGUUGGGUUCUUGCCUUAUGUUGGAUGGGUGACUAUUAUCAUGACUGAACAGCCUAUCAUCAAGUACAUACUCAUUGGUGCACUGGGUUUGCUCGUUAUAACAUCCAAAGACUGAGAAUACGGAAAAAAAAAAGAAGCUGAUCGUUGGUAAAGAAGUAACUUCUGCAAACGCUUAGUUUCACCAAUCUUUGUAGCCAUCAUCUUUUGGUGACCUUUAUAUGUAGAAUCAUAUAUGGCACAAGUUAUAAUUUUUGGACAGUUUAUUAUCAGCAGCGUUUUCACGACGAAUU